UUAUCUUACGCUAGGGUUUCAGUUGCUCUCUCUUUUCACAAGCAAUUACAGCGAGAGCAGAAGAAGAAAAUGCCGGCCGGUCAUGGUUUGAGGUCUCGAACGAGAGAUUCAUUCUCUCGCGCCUUCAGGAAGAAGGGUACCAUCGCACUUUCGACCUACUUGAGGAUUUUCAAAAUCGGAGAUUAUGUUGAUAUCAAGGUGAAUGGUGCUAUUCACAAGGGAAUGCCUCACAAGUUCUACCAUGGACGUACUGGUCGUGUUUGGAAUGUUACCAAACGCGCCGUUGGUGUUGAAGUCAACAAGCAGGUUCGUAACAAGAUCUUAAGAAAGAGGAUCCAUGUGAGGAUUGAGCAUGUCCAGCAAUCUCGAUGCACCGAAGAAGUCAGGGAAAGGAUCAAGAAGAAUGACCAACUUAAGGCUGACGCCAAGGCUAGAGGAGAAGUCAUCAGCACAAAAAGGCAACCACUAGGACCCAAACCAGGGUUCAUGGUUGAAGGUGCUACUCUGGAGACAGUUACCCCCAUACCAUAUGAUGUGGUUAAUGAUUUGAAGGGAGGAUAUUGAUCUUAAUCUGUUUCUGAGAGGUUGUUUUUUCUAUUUGGUUUUUCUGAAAUUGAAAGACAGAAUUAGUUUUGUUGGUGUCAACUCCAGACAUUGCUUGUUAGUUAAAUUUUGUUUACAUUGCCAUUAGAGGCCUUUUGUUGAACUUUUACUACAAAGGUGAAUUCAAGUAUGUCUAUCUAUUACCUAAAUUCCCUGCAUUUUAAGAUAAUUUUCUUGAUA